AUGAGCGCAAGAGAUCUGCUUGACGAUGCAGCGAUUCUGGACGAUGAAGACGACGAAUCUUUUGAUGAGGCCACUGGUGAGGUGAGGCUGAAGGCAAAUGGCACAAAAGAUCAGUUCGAUGAUUCUUCCGAAGAGGAGGAGGAUGAUGACGAGGAAGAAGCAGCUAGGGUCGCAGAAGGCUUCAUUGUCCAAGAUGAAGAAGAGGAUGAAGAAGCACGAGUCGAACGGCGCCGAAAGCAUGGUGAACGCAAAAAACGUAAAAGAGAGCAGCGGGAACGUGAAGAUGAAGGCCUCGACGAAGAAGACCUAGAUUUGAUAGGUCUGGGCAGAGAUGUGGAGGAUCAAACCGAGUCUAAAUUCAAACGCCUAAAACGAGGUCCUCGGGAGGCAAUGGAUCGCCACGACCAGAAUGACGUUAGCAGAAUCUUCGAUCGGGAUGACGAGGAAGAAGGAGUUGGUGACUACAGACGGCCGGGUCGAUCAGACCGAAGAGGCGCACAAGAUGAAUUUGAAGACUUCAUCGAGGAGGACGUCUUUUCUGACGAUGAGCAACAACGCAUGCAAGAGGACAAAGAUGUUGCUCGGCCUACCAGGGGUCCUGUCAGCUUUGCCAACGCCGACACAACUGGUCUCGAUGAGGCAGCUCUGGAAGAUCUUCAGCUCGCAUUUGGGGACGGCACAGAUUACGACUUCGCUCUUGAUGCGGAAAUGGCAGCUGAAGAACAAGAGAAUGAAGAGGAUAAGCGCCUCGACUUAAAAGACGUGUUCGAACCAUCUCAACUGGCGGAGAGAAUGCUGACCGAGGAAGACAACGAAAUCAGGCAUACAGAUGAGCCUGAACGCUUUCAACUUGCACGAAAGCCAUAUAGGCACGUCAUUCUCACCGAUGAGCAAUUCAGGGAAGAAGCCACCUGGAUCUCAGAUCUACUGCUUCCAAAAAGAGGGAACCUUUGGAAGAGGCCCGAACUCCACGAGCCAUUCCGACGCUCUGUUGGAAAAGUGUUGGAGUUUAUGGUUUCCGAAGACUACGAAGUACCGUUCAUUUUCCACAAUCGAAAGGACUAUCUGAUUCAUGCCAAUAAAAUUCCUUUAGGGAAGGAUGCCAACGGGGAAAUGCAGUAUGAGAUCGAAGCUGCCAAACUCUUGAAUCAGACUGAUUUAUGGGAGAUUAUGGACCUUGAUCUGAAAUUCCGAGGACUGAUUGACAAGCGCAAUUCUCUGCAGAGAACCUACGAUAGUCUAUUAUCGAACUCGGUUCCUCCAGACAGCAUCUUUGAAGCCAUGCUUCCUACUGCCAAAACGAUGGAAGAGUUGCAGGACGUUCAAGAUUACCUAUAUUUUCAGUACACUUCACAGCUCAAGGAUCUUGCAACCUUGAACGGCGGAGACGAAAGUCUAGUACCCCGGAAGGCCACAACCUCCAACACUAUGUUUGAAAGAAUUCGAAAUGGCAACAUCUACCCUUUGGUGCGGGCGUUUGGCAUCUCAGCCGACGCAUUCGCACAAAACGCCUCGAACCAAGGAGUCCGAAAGUAUACAGAAGAUCCGAGUGAUCGCCCUGACGACUUGGCUGACAAAACCCUGGAUGAAGACUUCCCUACUGGCUCUCAAGCUCUCAAAGCAGCCAAGUCCAUGUUCACCGAGGAGUUAUAUACUAGCCCUCGACUGAGAAGAGUCAUGCGGCAGAAAUUCUAUCAAGUCGGAGUCAUCGACUGUUUCCGGACAGAGAAGGGUCUUCGCAAGAUUGAUGAGCAACAUCCUUACUAUGAGUUCAAAUACCUCCGCAACCAAGAAUUUGCCUCCAUUGCACGGCAGCCUGACCAAUAUCUAAAAAUGUUGAAAGCAGAAGAAGAUGGGCUCAUGGAAGUCAAGGUCAGACUCCAGAACGUGGAAGCUAUAAAGAAGCAGCUCUUCAAGCAGAUCGAAUCGGACAAUUUUAGUGAGGUAGCUGAUGCUUGGAACCGAGAACGAAGAGAGGUUCUUGGGAAUGCAAUCGGUAAGCUCAUGGUCCUGAUGGGCCGCUUGGUGAAGGAAAAUUUGAAGACUGAAUGCGAAAACAUUAUUGCCAAAGAGUGUCGGGACGAGUUCUCCAGAAGAGUGGAUCAGGCCCCUUACACUCCGAAAGGUGAGAAAAAGGGAACAGUACCUCGUGUCCUAGCUCUUUCGAAUGGAACAGGUGUCCCGGGUCGAGAUGCUAUCUGUUGGGUCUGGGUUGCCGAGGAUGGUCGAGUUGUCGAGAACGGCAAAUGGAGCGAUUUAGCACCAGGAGACAAGGAACGAGACUUGCCAGAUGGGAAGGAUGUUGAAGCUUUUGUCGAAGUUGUCAGGAGGAGGGCCCCAGACGUUAUUGGGAUAUCCGGGUUCUCCCCUGAGACAAGAAAGUUAUACAACAAUUUGAACACCAUUGUGCGCGAGAAGAACCUUCGGUCAGCACCUUUCGAUGACGAGGACGAGCGCGAGACCAGCGAACUUCUGGAAGUAGUCAUUGUCAAUGAUGAAGUUGCUAGACUCUACCAGACUAGCGAACGAGCGAAAGUGGAUCACCCCAGCUUCGCUCCCUUGACGAAUUAUUGCGUCGCUCUUGCCAAAUACCUCCAGGAUCCGCUUCUGGAAUAUGUUGCACUAGGCAGAGACCUGGUGUCCAUUUCGUUCUGCCCAGCGCAGUACCUGCUUCCGCAAGAACGAGUUAUGCACCAAUUGGAGACUGUCCUGGUUGACAUGGUCAACAUGGUGGGUGUGAACCUCAACGAUGCUGUUCAAGACAUGGCAAUCGCCAAUCUCUUGCCAUAUGUGUCCGGGUUGGGCCAUCGUAAAGCUGCCUACAUGUUGAAGAUCAUAAAUUUGUGUGGUGGUGAGGUUGCUUCUAGGGCUGAUCUGCUUGGGUUCGUUUGGGAGCAUGCCGCCGUGGGCGUGAAAUGCUGGAACAACGGUGCCAGCACGUUUUAUGUCGAAUAUGAUCCAGCCGAGAAAGACAUGGAAUACCUUGACAACACUCGAAUACACCCCGAAGAUUAUGACAUUGCGCGUAAGAUGGCCGCCGAUGCCCUUGAGCUGGAUGAAGAAGACGUUAAGGUGGAAACCGAUGAGAACGGACCCGGAGCAAUCGUCCGGAAACUGGUCAAGGAAAAUGCGCAAGCCAUCAACGACUUGAUCCUAGAAGAAUACGCUGAGCAGCUGGAAAGAAAUCUGAACCAAAGAAAACGGGCCACUUUAGAAAAUAUUCGCUCAGAGCUCCUCGACCCUUAUGAGGAGCUCCGUAAUCCUUUCAUCACGCAGUUGGCAUCAGACGACGUCUUCACCAUGUUUACCGGAGAAACCCGAGAGUCACUCGACAAAGGCAUGAUCGUCCCAAUGGCCAUCAAACGCAUCACGGAUGAUCACAUCGACGCCAAACUCGACUGCGGCAUUGACGCAUUUGUAGGCGAGAGUGACCUCACUGACCGCUAUGACGUCUCCGUCAAAUCCCUUUACGCCCUGCACCAGACCGUACAAGCCAAGAUCCUCUCCAUCGACCGCAAGCACUUCACCGCCACCGUCUCCUUACGAGAAGACCAGACCAAACGCCCCUACCGCAAAUUCCAUGACCGGCAAUACGACGAAUGGGACGACCGUCAAGAAGCCGCCGACAAGAAACUCCUCGAAGAAAAGACCAACAUCGGUGGCCGCGCUACCCGUGUCAUCAAACACCCCCUUUUCCGCGCCUUUAACUCUGCCCAAGCAGAAGAAUACCUCGGCUCCCAGAAUCGUGGAGACGUCAUCAUCCGUCCUUCGUCCAAAGGGUUGGAUCAUCUGGCUGUAACGUGGAAGGUCUCCGAUGGUAUCUUCCAACACAUCGAUGUCCUGGAAAUGGACAAAGAGAAUGAAUUUGCCCUGGGGAAAACACUUAAGAUUGGUGGGAAAUACACGUAUUCCGAUCUGGAUGAGUUGAUAGUCCUACACGUCAAAGCCAUGGCUAAAAAGGUCGAGGAGAUGAUGUUGCACGAAAAGUUUCAGGGGGGUAGUAAGGCUGAUACUGAGCGAUGGUUGACUACCUACACGGAAGCGAACCCAAAACGCAGCGUCUACGUCUUCUGCAUCAACCCCAAAUAUCCCGGCUACUUCUAUCUCUGCUUCAAGGCCGGCCAGCACGCCAAACUCAUGAAUUGGCCUGUCAAGGUUAUCCCGAACGGCUUCGAGUUGCACCGUACCCCCUACCCGAGCAUGCUGGAUCUGUGUAAUGGCUUCAAGCUGCUGUUUGCGAAUAUGCAGAAUGGGGUGAGGAGGUGA